GAGAGGCUCCGAUCCCCCACAAACCAAAACAACGGGGAUGGAAAGCGAAGGAACCGCAGGAAAAUAGGGGAGAAGUAAAUUUGGGAAGCGAAAGUCGACACCACUGCCUUCGCCUCUCAGCCGCCCCCAAGAGGCACAGGGGGGAAGAUGCUGCUGCUGCCAGUUGUGAACAAGGUUGCAGAUCUGUCUCGUGGUGCCAGUGGCUUCGUCGGAGGGGGCCAGUGAAGCUCUCGGAAAAGGAUUUUUUUUAUACCAUUGUCCAUAUCGUCCUUCACGAUGUCAGCAGCAUCCACGAUCGGAUGUCGAGUGGAAGAACUUAUAACACCGGCUUUUCUGGUGGACCGGGCCAAAGUGGAGGUGAACUGCCGAAACAUGUUGAAUACGUGUAAAGCUCUGGGUGUCUCCCUCAGAGCGCAGACGAAAACCCAUAAGACGAUCGAGGUAGCAGAGCUCCAGACGGGAAGAACGAGACGCGGAUUGGUCACUUCCACCCUCGACGAGUCCGAAUUCUACGCCGACCAUGGCUUCGACGACAUCCUCUACGGCUUCCCUCUCAUUCCCCAACACAUGGAGCGGGUAGCAGCCCUCACAGCGCGCCUCAACCAAUUCCACGUGAUGGUUGAUUCCCGCUUGGCUGUCGAGACCCUGAGGGACCAACGCCCCAUGGGCAAGAAGUGGUCGGUGUUCCUGAAGGUGGACUGCGGGAAUAAUCGAGUGUCUACAUGUAAGGAAGAUCGUGUCACAUCAACACCAAACUCCAGGUUGAAGUCUGCCAAUCAGGCCGCGGUCCCUACUGAGCGACUGAAGGCCCAGAGACAUAAUACCCGAGCGUCGACGACUUCAGAGGGACGUCCUCGACUUCAGGAGUCCGUAGAGGCUAAUACUCAAGUUAAUACUCGAGCCGAAUCUUCAUCCAACUUGUACCUAAUCUGGAGAACUGCAAAUCGGUCCUGCAUCGCGCGGAACUAA